AUGCUGGAUCCCUUGGGCUCCUGGAGCCCUCAAGGAUGCGCAUGCAUGACCGGGGGCCAAUCUCUUAUCGAGACGGCCGUCAUCGCAUUUGUACGAAUUGCGACGGGUACCCUGAGGGCUGCUCUGCCAGCAACAAGACGGGGGCCCCCCAACGCGAAAACGCAUGCGCAGCAGGACCUGAUUGCCGGGAUGCAGUGCCACGCAGUACGCAGGACAAGAAAACGGAACAAUCUUUUCCAGCACAAAGACCCCGACACUGGACGCUCCGCGUCCCCCGGUGCCACCGCACCCGCAGAUCCCCAGCCCCCGGCGACCAGCGACAUAUAUGCAACCCUGUUUUGGGGUCCUUUGGCCGUCUCCAGCCUCUUGGCCGUCGUCAACCAAAGGGGGGGAUUUUGUGGGGUCGCAUCCACGCGGCGUGACCCGAGCGUAGCAUCCUUGCUUGGGCACACCGCGCAGCAACGCCAGCACGCAGACCGGGAAGCGGAUAGGGCACCCGGUUUGCCGCAUUGCAGUAAACCGGGUCAAGAGCAAGAGAUAAGAAAUCUCCGGCAGCGGAAGCUGGCACCAAAGUCUUUGGGACUUCGGGAAGGUGCUGUGACUCCUAGCCUGCAGUCUGAGGAUUCUGAAUACCAUGAUGGCGAAAUGGAUGGCAUUUGUGUCUACUUCUCCACCCCAGCAUAUAUGGACUCUUUGAUCCCUUGUGGCUCUUAUUUGGGAUUUGUAAUUCCUAUGGAACAUUUCAGUGGUCCAAGUGGCGGACGCCUGCCCAAGGAGAAGUUAGUGGGGUGGUGGAAGUGGCAACGGUUUCCUUUCAAGGCCAUUUAA